CCAAAACAGCAGCAGCUGGUGUUUUGCACAGCGUGUGCCGGGGCUGUUUGAGAGGGGAGACGGGACUCGCUGCUAUGGGCUCCCGGGGCUACGUUCCAAUGGUGCUGGUGCUCGGCACCUGGUGCUCGCUGGCGGCCGCCCAAGUGCCCCUCGUCCUCACCACUUGGCCUUACCACGACGCGGCGGAGCAGGCAUGGAUGGCUCUGAAGCAUGGCGGAUCAGCACUGGAUGCAGUGGAGAAAGGUUGCAGCCAGUGUGAGAUUGACCAGUGCCGUGGUACUGUGGGAUACGGAGGAAGUCCAGAUGAACUUGGAGAGACAACAUUGGAUGCAAUGAUAAUGAAUGGUGACACUAUUGAGGUUGGAGGAGUAGGACAGCUUCGAAGGAUUAGAAGUGCGAUCAGUGUUGCUCGAGCAGUGAUGGAACACAGCGUUCAUUCAUUGUUGGUGGGGGAGUCAGCAUCAAUUUUUGCUCAAAGUAUGGGGUUCCUCAGUGAAGAUUUGACAACAAAUUGGUCUUUGUCCCUGCACUCAGCCUGGCUGAACCAAAACUGCCAGCCCAACUUCAGGAAGAAUGUCUCACCAAGGGCUGAAACUUCAUGUGGCCCCUACAAACCAGUGAAGAAUCUAGGACCGGAAAAACCUAGAAAGCUAACACCGCAAAUCAAAUUUCACAGCCAUGACACCAUUGGUAUGAUUGUGAUUCAGAGCAAUGGAACUAUCGCUGCAGGGACAUCUACUAAUGGUCUAAUCCAUAAAAUCCCAGGCCGUGUAGGGGAUUCACCAAUAGCUGGGGCAGGUGCUUACGCUGACAGCACAGCUGGAGCUGCAGCUGCCACUGGAGACGGCGAUAUCAUGAUGCGAUUUCUUCCAAGCUACCAGGCAGUUGAAUAUAUGAGAAUGGGGAUAGACCCAACCACUGCUUGCCAGAGAGCUAUUAGAAGAAUCCAAAAGUAUUACCCAAAUUUUUUUGCACUAGUUUGUGCCAACAUGGAUGGGAAUUACGGUGCUGCAUGCAGUAAAUCUCUGGAACUAAAUCAGUUUCAUUUUAUGAUUUACAAUCCCACAACAGCUUCAGAAAAGAUAGUGGACUGCAUUUAAAGUUGCUGUCAUCCACCCAUCAUUUUCUAAAGACCCCUACAGCUUUUGAAAUUUAAACCAUCUUGUGAAUAUAAACAAAAAUAAUAAUAAAAAAAAUCCUGUUAAUGUUCCUAUGGAGUUCUGUGUGCACUAAGUACAUACAGAUUAAACUGCUAAGAUUUCAGAAACAUUUAUAGAGCUUG